AUGCUCGGAGCGGGCGGGGCAUUGUCACGUGCGGCCGUCGCGGGCUCCGCCCCCAGCCUCGGCGCCGAUUGGUUGGUGGGGGGGGGUCGGCUGCAGUCAGCGAGGCGGCCCGCGUUUGCAUCGCGGCUGCGGGGGAGAGACUGGCUGCCCGGGCCCGCCAGCAGCCGCUCUCGGAUGGAGGUCCUAGACGAGUUCGACGGCGAGUUCCCCCAGAGUGUGACCUUCUGCCAGCUCAUCUCCGAGGAGGACUUCGAGAGGCAGGCGGCGACCUACACGGACCGCGCUCUGCGCCGCCUCUUCCGCAGCCUCGAUCGUAACCCGGCGCUGGCGGAGAGGGUGGUGCGCAAGGGCAAGCAGACGGAACUCGAACAGCGCGGACUCCUCUCCUUUCUCUGGGCGAAGUUCUUCACUGCUGUCCAGGGGGAGCUGAACCAUUGCAAUGGCAUGGGCGCUCUGGAGAUGCACCAGCGCCUGGAGCAGCUGAAGCGGGGCAUCCAGCGCGUACACCUCUACUCCCGGGAUGCCAAGAAGAAGAAGAGAAGGAAGCUGAAACCAAGGAAACCAGAACCUAUCCUUCGGUGGGACCAGUCAAUCUCCCCAUGCCUGCCACCAACCCUGCCGCCACCUCCAUCACUGCCACCAUCACCACCAGCCACCACCAAGGCCUCCCUAGUGGCCCCAUCACUCCCUGUCUACACCAUGCCCAGGGUCUUUGGCCCCUUCCCUCCGCUGCUCAGCAAGUCGAUGGAGAAUGUGGACACUUCAGGGUCUGAAGUGAAAUUAAACUGGAAUGGGCUGUCAUCAAACCCCAAGAGAUACAUGGUUGACCUAACCCCCUUGGUCCUCAACCCCGGAGGCUUCCAUUUCUCGUACUUGGCUGGAAACAGUGCACACAAACUCCCUGGUUUCCUCUGGAACUCGGCCUGCAGUCCCUCCUCCAACGUUGAUGAGACUCCAGCUCCUGCUGUGAAGGCCUCCGUCUUCUCCCCACCUGUCCUACUGAAAUUCCAUCCUGUGCCCAGACCCAAAGAUGACUCAGAGAACGAUCCUGGCAGCACAGAUUCUGUGACCCAAAAGAGGAGCCCAUAGCCUCUUCCCUACAUACUAUGGCCUAGGAAUCAAUAAAGUUCCUAAGGAGGUGCCU